AAACUCACGUGGACCCGUAUAAUUAUUUCCGUGGCCUUGGUUCUUAUGGGUAACAAAACUUUUAAUCGAUUCAAUACCAUGACACGUCUUCAUUUUUAUUCUGGUUACUAUUUGGCGAUUUUAUACAGCUUAACAAACUAACAUGGGAUUAAAAUAGUGAAGAUUCUAGACCUUUAACUUUCUGACCUCCGUAGAACCUUGGUAGCGUAAAUGAAGUCGUCUAACCGCACCCAUAAACACGUGGUAAAGUGGUAAAGUAUUAAAGUGGGUAAGAAUUCAACUCUUGGACACGCAUGUUGUCAUACAAAGAAGGAAAUUUUCUGUCUCCCAGCACUUGCCGCCACUCUGUUGCCCAAUGUUGUGUCAGACGGGAUGGGACAAUAACGCGAACCUUUCCUGCGCUGCUCCGCCACUGCAUUCCAAAGGUUCUGGUCGAGGUGACGCUGCAUUUUAAAGGACAUAAUUUUUCUAUUGUUCUAGUGACAGAUUAACAAGGUUCCUGGUUCAUUAACAGGAGCAACACUCGUGAGAACCUUGCUAAUCAUCUCUGUGACAUUUGAAAACAGUCGUGGUGAGGGUAAAAGCACUUCAGAUUACGUCCUCUGGCGGCAAACACUGAAGUCUCCCAUCAGUCUGAGGCGGAAAGGAAACGUGUGUGUGUGGGCGCGUGUGCAUUGUGUAUGUGUGUGCGUGUGCGUGUGUGUCGUCUUGUGUGUACAGCAAGAGAAACUAAAUUACACUCAAAUGCAACUCAUGGUGUUCAAAUGUGAUAAGGUGGAAGUGUGUUAUCCUUCCCCCAACUUCUGCUCCUCACAUUCCUCAUCUUGUUGCUGCUUGUGAAUCUCCUCCCUGCCGCCUCUCCGGACCACCUCGCCAUGGGUUCUCUAUACAGGGUGUGCAUGGCGGCGGCGGCGGCGGCGGUGGUGGUGGUGGUGGUGGUAACUCUCAUCCCAGGCACAGAAGGGCGAUUUAAUGUGGAUUUCUCAAACAUCACGCAGCCGGAGCAGAUGGAGGAGGUGCGCAGCUUUCAAGUGGAGUCCCUGCUGGCUGUCCCCUCCACCACCACCUUCACGCUCUUCCUCAAUGCGCAGGCCAGGGAAGGGCUGAUGCCAUGGCUGGGUGGCGGCGAGAGUGCAGCUGACAAGCCCGAACAGCAGCAGGAACAGGAAGAAAACACUCAACAGCAACAGCAGCAGCAAGAAGAACAACGGAUAACAGAACGAAAAGAAAAACAACAGCCUGAUAAAGGAAAAAAGAACAGCAACAGCAAGAACAACAACAAGAGUUACCUAUUCACAACAUCACAGCAGGUGUUCCUCAGCUCCCCCAGACAGCCUUAUCGGAGGGCAAUGAAAGCUUACCAGAGGAUCAGACUGCUGGGCGUCACUUCUUCGGCCUCUUAGAUCCCAGUCUGAAGGUCAACUUGGCGGGGGUGAAGGAGAAGGACCUGAAGGCAAUGCAGGAUAUCAUGCACUCUGUCUCCCAGGGUGUCGAUUCCUCCCUCCAGCCCAGCAAGGAGGACUUCUGGGAUGUGAUGCGUGUCCUCCGCCUCCUCAAGACUCAUCGCUGGUUGACUCCUGACAGCGUAGUGCAUCCGAGUGUAGGAGAAUUAGAGACAGUAUUUACUCACCUGCCGAAGCAAUUAGAGCAACACCUGAGGAACAUGACAAGGAGUAAAGAGGAGGAAGAAGAGGAGGAGGAGGGGGAGAAGAAGAAAGGAGAGGAUGCAAUGGAUGGGGGACGAGAGGAAGGGCGUGGAAGGAAGGAGUCUCUUUGGCCUCUCCAGGUAGAUUCGAGUCACCUUGAACACCUGAUGGCAAACGUUUUCUCAGGUACAAGGAACCCAGCCACGGACCCUUACGCCAAACUAGCAGCGGUCGUUUACAUCACCAAGACCUUCGAAUCUCUGGGCCUGAUGGUGGCGGAGCACGUGUUCUCUGCCGCCGAAUACCUCCUGUGGUAUUCUCAAGCUGUGGAAGGGAUCAACGUGGUGGGGGUGUUGCCGGGGCGUCACUGGGGAACUCCUGCCGACGAGCCUCUGGUGGUGGGAGCGCAUCUCGACACGGUUCCAGACACCCCAGGCCUGGACGACAACGGCUCCGGGCUGGCGGCUAUGCUGGAGGUUGCACGAACUCUCACCUCCAGCGGCUGUGCUUUUGACUUCACUGUUUUCUUCGUGGCGUUUGACCUUGAGGAGAUCGGGAUGCAAGGGUCGCUCAUGUUUAUCAAGGACUUCCUGGCGAGGACUGUAAUGGACCAGUUCGGCAUCACAACACUCACGGGCGCCAUCAUACUGGACUGUGUGGCCAACUGGGACCCCCGCCCGCUGUCCCAGGAGUUCCCGCCUUUCUCGGAGGGCCUGCUGCCGGAUGUCACCACCCGCGUCGCCAGCAGGAACAACACUGGAGACUUCGCCGCCGUCAUCUUUAGGAGCGAUGUUGACUCUCACCUCGCUGAAAGGCUGGAGAGGCACUACGGAGGGCUGGGGAGUGAUCAGUACCGUCUGGAGCUGCUCAAUAUAACGGAGCUUGGUAAGACGUUGCCUCAUGUGGAUGACUUGUACUAUCACCUCAACUUCCUCCGGUCGGACCAUCUACGUUUCUGGUACCUCAAUGACUCCGCCGUGCCCUUCACCAUCCCUGCCGUCCUGGUCACUGAUAUGGGACCUUACCGUGGACGCAUGAAGGAGUGUUACCAUAGCUACUGCGACGGACCUAUGGGGAGCGGCGUGGUUGACUUGGGUUUCCUGGCGAAGGUGACGCAGGCGGUGGUGUGGACGGUAGCUGAUUUGACGAAGGGAAGCUGCGGGUCACGGGGGCGUCUCUCUGUCUCCACGCUCUUCUCCAUCAUGACCAAACCUCAGGAAUCCGAUCAAGAGAGAAGUGUACCGCUGUCUACCGUGAAAGAGGCCCUUGACUUUUUACACUUCCUGGGUCUCAUGCAGCCGCCGCCUCCACACGCGUGAUAGAACAAGACAAGGCAACACAGCCCAACACAACGCCGCUAUUGAACCAAGCCGGAUAUACGAGAGAAUCAGAAGAGACCAUUUUUUGUAUCUAUAAGCAAAACAUUGACUUAAUCUCUUUCAUGUGUGUGCUUGUCUGCUUGCGUGCGUGUGUGUAUGUAUGUGUGUGUAUGUGUAUGUGUAUAGCGAUUCCACGUUACCAGAUGAUACUUACGGCGUGGUUUGAGUCUCAGAGGAAUAACACAACAUUUAUCCACGU